CAGACGAGAAGAAGAAGAGGAGUCCGACAAUGCUGAGGGAGGGACUAGUGGACGACUCCCGGCAAAAGCAGGGCAACUACACUAUCGACAAGCUGAGAUAUGGAACUAGCUAUGACAUCACUGUCACAGUUUUCAACCCUAUUGGGAACUCUUCCACCACCUUCACUCGCUCUACUGAUGGAGGAGCUCGUCAGUCGUGGUCUACCAGGCAACUGGCAUGCAGCAUGCUGCUGGUGCACGAAGCCACUGAGGGAGGAGGAGGAGGUGAGUGGUGGUGAGGAGGGUGGGGGAAAAGGUGUUGAAGAAAACCAAAAGACACCUUCACAGACUCAUCAGGUCGAUUGGGAAGAGGAUGAUGGACUGAUGUCUCUUCCUUCUUUCUCAAGUGAUGAUUUUAUGGACAUGCACGUUGUGUAGUAGCUAGUUGUAUAUAGGAGUCGGUAUGUAGAUUUU